AUGGAUCGAACCCUUAUCGUCGUUCUUGUUCUCACCAUGGUAGCCAAUGAAACCUUAGCCCAAUUUGGUUGGGGCGGUUUUGGAUAUCCAGGCUACGGUUACGGUGGUUACAGCUACUACCCCUACGGCGGCUAUGGAGGCUAUGGAGGCUAUGGAGGCUAUGGGGGAUACGGCUUCUUUCCUCACUUUUUCUUCCCCUACUACAGUCCAUUUCGAAGCGCCAUACGAGGAGCACUAAUUGGCGGAGCGUUGGGUGCAUUGGUGGGGAAAUGA